AACGCUCAAACUUUAUUGAACUAUGGAGGGCACUCAAUCAGGACAGUUCAUGGCACUCCGCAACAUGCGGCUUGUAGGGACACUCACGGUAAGCGGGCUCUCGUUGACUCAGAUGGACUUUGGCUGGGGGUCUGACCUCAGCACAGCUCCCACACAGCUCUCUAGGGACAACAUCAGGCUCACGUGGACUCAGCAGGACUUUGGCUGGGGGUCUGACCUCAGCACAGUCCCACACAGCUAGCUAGGGACAACAUCAGGUUCACGGGGACUCAGCAGGACUUUACCUGGGGGUCUGACCUCAGCACAGCUCCCACACAGCUCUCUAGGGACAACAUCAGGUUCACAGGGACUCAGUGGGACGUUGGCUGGGGGUCUGACCUCAGCACAGCUCCCACACAGCUCUCUAG